CGCAACAUUCAGCCGGCAGUGACGUCGCAGACUCCGCCAUAUUGAAAUGUUUCCUUUCUCCUCUUCUUCACUGAGCUCAACAGCAGCCAUCAGCUUUCGCUUUCCAACUGGAGACGGGGACAAAAACACAGACAUGGAGACAGACACUCUUCUGGAAGCGCUUAAAGAUUUUGACAAGAAGGUGAAGAAAGAGUCAUCUCCGGUGUUGGAUCAGUUUUUGUGCCAUAUUGCGAAAACCGGGGAAACUCUGGUGUCCUGGUCUCAGUUUAAAAGCUACUUCAUAUUCAAAUUAGAGAGUGUGAUGGAAGAUUUCCAAGCAUCGGCCCCAGAGCAACGUGGGCCUGCCAACCCCAAUGUAGAGUCGGUUCCUUUUGAAGAAAUGAAGGAGAGAAUUCUUAAAAUAGUCCGUGGAUACAACGGGAUCCCAUUCACUAUCCAGCGCUUGUGCGAGCUGCUCACUGAACCUAGGAGGAACUACACGGGAACAGAAAAAUUUCUCAGAGGAGUAGAGAAGAAUGUGAUGGUGGUCAGUUGCAUUUAUCCUACAUCUGAGAAGAAUGGAUGCAGCGGUGUCAACAGAAUGAAUGGAGUCAUGUUGUCAGGGAACACAUCCGCCUUUACAGAGAGGAAAGUGAAUGGUCCAGGAACGCCCAGACCAUUAAACAGACAGAAACACUCCAUGUCCAGUUCACUGGCCACAAAUGGCCUUCCGGACAGUACAGAAAACAAAGAGACAGACACAGCACAAGGACACAGCAAAUCAGCCAGUGAUGCGUCUGUAUCAAGCAUUGGUGGGCCUCUCAGCAGCUCUGUGAAAAACAAACACUUAGAUGACGAGGAAGAUGAGGGAAUGGAAGAGGAGGAACAUGAAGUCAAGAGGCUGAAAUUUAACCAGGACGGCAAUGAUGAAGAGGAGGAUGAAGAUGAAGUAGACCAGCAGGUCGUCGAGACACCCAGAUCUACUUCAGCUAAUAGCUCAUCAGAUCAGUCAGAGGAGCCCGAAUCACCAUCAUCCAUGUUGCAAGAGGGGAGUGAAGAAAAGGAAAGUAAACCUCAUGGUUCAGCCGGAAGCUCUGAGGACCAAGAGCCUUCCAGCACACAGCCUGAGUGCUCCGUGGCUGAUUCUAGAGAGUCUUUUACUGAGAGAGAGGUUCCCUGUGGCUCCGAAGACUCCUCAGAAGAGCCCAGCGAUAUGGACCAAUCAGAGCAGAGAGCCCCGGUGGGCGUGGACUCUAGCCCUGAGGUAAGAGAAGGGGAGGAGCCAAGCGAGCAGGUCAGCAGCAGUAGCACUGAUGAAAAUGUGUCUGGACCCACAUCCAGCAGCAGCAGCGUAGAGUCACCCACAGAGGGCGACUCUGGGUCAGGGGCCCUGGACUUGGAGAAUGCAGAGGAGGAGCCUAUGGAGCAGGACUAGAAGCCUGCUAGAUUGCUAGCCUAAACAAUAACUGCAAGCUUUUGUGGAGAUUAAGAAGACACACUUCAGUGGUCUUCCACAAAGGCCAUCAGAAGCAACACCCAAGCUACCGCCAUGCGCCUUUCGGUCGAGAGUCCACCUAACUUCUCCAACUUUCCCAAACGGACACUUUAUGCAGGUGUACAUAUGAUUUUAUUGCUGAAGUAAAAGUUUUAAACUGUCUUUUUUUUAACAGUUAUUUCCCUCAGUUUUUAUCAUAUCAUCGGUUUCUGCCAGUCUGUUUUGUCAUAGAGCCUAAAGCGGUUUGACUGAAGUUUUUUUGGUGUCCAGUCAUCACAUUGUCAACUGUGACAU